AUGUACCUGGUCACCUUGUUGGGGAACCUGCUCAUCAUCCUGGCUGUCACCUCUGACCCCCACCUCCACACCCCCAUGUACUUUUUCCUCUCCAACCUGUCCUUGGCUGACAUUGGUUUCAUCUCUACAACUGUCCCCAGAUUUAUUGUGGACAUCCAAACUCACAGCAGAGUCAUCUCCUAUGAGCGCUGCCUGACACAGAUGUCUGUUUUUAUCCUUUUUGCAUGUAUGGAUAAUAUGCUCCUGACCGUGAUGGCCUAUGACAGGUUUUUGGCCAUCUGUCACCCACUGCACUACAAGGUCAUCAUGAGUCCACGCCUCUGUUGCUUCUUCAUUUCCAUGUCUUUUUUUGGUAGUCUUUUGGACUCCCAGGUGCAGCAUUUGAUUGUGUCACAAUUUACCUGCUUCAAGGAUGUGGACAUUUCUAAUUUUUUCUGUGACCCUUCUCUGCUCCUAAACCUUGCCUGUUCUGAAAAUUUCACCAAUGCCAUAGUCAUGUAUUUUUUUCUUGCCGUCUUUGGUUUUCUCCCUUUCUUAGUGAUCUUUUUCUCCUACUAUAAAAUUCUUUCCUCCAUUCUCAGAGUUCCCUCAUCCGGUGGGAUGUAUAAAGCCUUCUCCACCUGUGGUUCUCAUCUAUCAGUUGUUUGCUUAUUUUACGGAACAGACCUUAGUGUGUAUCUCAGUUCAACUGUCUCACAAUCUCCCAGGAAGGAUGUAGUGGCCUCAGUGAUGUACACUGUGGUCACCCGCAUACUGAACCCCUUCAUCUACAGUCUAAGGAACAGAGACAUCAAAAGGGCCAUGUGGAGAUUCCUUAGCAAAAAAAAUCUCAUGUUAAUACCUCUCCUACCCAUUUAA